AUGCCUCCAUCUAAGAAGAAAACAUCCUCCGAUUCUCAAAAGAAGGCAUCUUCACAAUUAAAAAUUACAGAUUUUGUAAAUAAUAACAUUAGGAAUGAGACAACAACUACCGUCACCUCUGAAAAUAGUGCUAACCUCAACACCACCACAAACAAAGAAUCAACAACUAGUGAUCAAACAACAGCUGCAUCAAGCUCUUCAAAUAAUUCCUCCUCGUUAUUGUCUCUUAUUGGAGGGGACUUAUCCGAUUUAUUUUCCAAUAUAACACCCAUUAGUAGUAACAAUAGGCAUGAAGAGCCUUUAUUCGAUACCAACAUUUCUCAAGCUCUUGAUAAUGCUCAACAAUCGUCAAAACAUGCAGCCCCCUUCUAUAUGCAAGAUGAGCACGAUACCAAUGAUCUCUCUUCAAGUACACACAUUCACCAAUAUAUUGAUAAAGUGCUUGAACAACAUAAGAAUGACAUGCCACAGAAUGAGGAUCAACUUAAAAAUCUAGAUAUUGGAAAAUUUAUUGAAGAAGCAUUUCCUUCUCAGGCCUCCACUGAAGCAACACAAGUACCUACACAGGUGCAAACAGCCAUGCAAAUUUGUGACAUCUUCAGAGAACCCGAGGCAAAUCAAAGCACAGAGUUGUUAAAAAAAGCAACAAGUUCUCUAUUACAUCAACAACAUUUUGAAAGUGACGACGAAGAUGAAGACAGUAGAAGUGUAUCAUCCCAACUCGGGAGCGUUGCGGGAAGUAGCGAGUCAGCCAGCAGUAUGGUUGGAGAGGAUUUUGACGAAAUUUAUGGAGCAGAUGACGGUGAAGAGGACUAUGAAUUUUUGGAUGACAUUCUAAAAGGUAUGCUUAAAAGAAAAAAACGAAAAGAAAAAGGAGGGCUAAAUCCUAAAAAAACUAGAAAGUCCAAGGAUGACAUGAUCCCGAAAGAGGUCAAAGAAAUGAUGGGAGAAGCGAACUUACAAUUCAUCUAUAGAGAUUUUACAAAAGCCGUUCAAAUCCUGUUAGAAGUAAUUAGAAUUUGCCCAAACAUUGCCGAUCCAUACCACACUCUUGGCCUUAUAUAUGAAGAGCUUGGAAUUAUGGACAAGGCCAUUGAAUUUUACCUUAUUGCUGGUUUAUUACUUCCAACUAAUCUAGAAUUUUGGAAGAGACUCACAGAGUUAUCAAUCUCACAUAACAAAUUCCAACUGGCUGCUUAUUGCCUCAAAAGAAUUAUUUUAUUAGAUCCUAAAAACUAUAAUGCUCGAAUCAAACAAUGUGAGCUCUACAUGAAGAUGAAUCAACCAACUAGGGCCAUCAGUGGAUACAAAUCCCUCCUCAAACAGUUUCCAGGAGACAUACCAGUAGUAAUUUCACUUGCUAAAGUUUACUAUGAAUUGAAGUAUAUUUUCAACGCCAUUGAACUGUUGGAAAAAACAAUCUCACAAAAUGAACAGCAUGCAGACCUCACUCUGAUAAAUAUGUUGGCAGAGUUGUACAUGAGUGAGGGUUGGUUUAACAAAGCCGUAACUCUUAUUGAGAAAAUAAGCCUUCUUCAAAAUUGUCCAAUUGAAAUUUUACCACCUGACAUUUCUUCCAAAUAUGCAAUCUGUCAAACGUACUUGGGAAAACUUGACAAAGUAGAAUAUAUAUUCAACGAUAUUCUAAAGUGCAACGUCUCAGAUUUUGGAGAUUUAUUCUUUAACAUUGCAGAAACAUACUAUGUUGUCAAUGAGUAUCAAAAGGCGCAAUAUGUAUACAGUUUACUCAUGACUAGCGAAAACUACAACAAGCCAUCCAUUUGGCUCAGAAUAGCUGAAUGUCUUAAAAGCCUUAAAUGCUAUGAAGAAGCAAUCAAGUAUGGAGAAAUGGUACUCGAUGAAUUGCCUGACAAUGUGGAAGCAAGAAUACUGUUAAGUGAAGUUUAUAAAGACAUUGGAGAAGUUGAAAAGGCAAUUGAAGUUCUGGAGGCAUCUGGAAAUACCUUAGCCAAAAAGGAUUUGGCAUCUCUAAAAAAACAAUUGCAUCUCAUCAGUGAACCAAACCAAGAAUUUGAGGACAGUGCAAACGAGAGCGAAAAUGAAACUGCAAAUGAGGACAGCGAAUUAGAUGAAGAGCAGGAAAAAGAUCCUGAUUACAACCCCGAGCUUGAGACCAGCGAUGACGACAUGAAUUUAUCAGACGAUGUUAAAGAUGACGACAUGCCUCCAGUCCAAGAACAAAAUAGAAAAGAAAAGGUACAAGAUAUUAGAAUUAUGGUCAAAAAAGCAUGGAUUUUACACACCACAGGACAGCAUGAGGAAUUCAUAAAAACUGCCCUUCCAGUUGUUUUGAGUAUCUUGGACCUCGACAAAGAGGAGCCACAGACAGAACAAAAAACAAAAUUCAAGAAAAAGAAAAUUGUGCUUAAAUAUAAUAUUGGCCUCAAGAGAAGAAGAAGGAAAAGGAAUCUACACGAGACCAAAGAAGAUGGGUGGACUUGGACUGAGGCUCUCAACGCCAUUGGGGAUCACAAUUUAUAUACUUUGAUUGUGACAUUAAGCAAAACAUUAUCCUACUGUCAACAUUAUGAAGACUGUUUACGAAUAUUAGCAGUCCUUCUUGCAGGCAAAACAAAAAAACGAUUUAAUUUCAAGACAACAGAAGAAAGACAUAGAAAAAUCCAAAACUUGAGAUAUCUAUAUGUGGCAGUUUCAUACAAUAGCGGCUAUUACAAACGAGCCUAUAACGCCAUUCGCCCCAUCAUUUCUGACAAGCCAUACAGCAUUCCACUAUUGAACUUGUUCAACAAAAUCACUACAAGAGUUGGAAAUAUUUUGGCCAAUCAUUGGUUUAUGGUUAGGUUGUUAGACAAGCAUCCUCAAUCAGUACCACUGAUGCUUCUUGUUGGUCACAAUUGUGCAAUGAGCGGUAGCUACAAGCUUGCAAUAGCGGAAUAUUUUCGAGCAUACAGAUUCAUGCCAAACGAACCUAUCAUCAACCUGUGUCUUGGUUUAAAUUAUUUAAAUUUGGUUAUGAAUCGAAGAACUGCAAAUAGACAUUUACAUGUCAUGCAAGCAUUCACUUUCCUCUAUAGAUAUUUUGAUUUGACAGAGGGUUCGCAAGAAGCUCAUUUCAACAUUGCUCGUGCCUACCAUCAACUUCGGUUGUAUCACCUUGCAACUCCCUACUAUAAGAAAGUUCUCGAGAUGUCCGAUGCGGGCAAUAUUGAUCCAGAUGCAGACUUAAAACGUGAAGCUGCCUAUAAUCUUUGCUUAAUUUAUCGAGAAUCUGGUUCAACUCCUCUUGUGGAAUACUUGGUUGACAAGUAUUUGACAGUUUGA